UGCUCGUGUUUCUGUUGAUGCCAGCAUGUCACACCCAAAAGGAACAUCCCAAUAUCAUAAUGCAUGGAAUCAUCUCAGGGAAGCCCAUUUUAAUCAAGUGCGGCGUUCAAGGGCGUAGCAUUGAAUGACACCCUGUAGUCCUGACAGUGCAAUCCUUUACACCUGGGCGGGGACGUAUAGAAGAUUUAGGUCACAUUCGAGCUCAGUUAUGACAGAGAAAUGAUUAAAAAGUUAGCAGUUCAAAGUGGUCAAAGUCAGCUAAAAAUACAAAGAUGAAAAAAACAAAAAAAACAAUAGGACCUUCCAUCAUAUUUCGCAGGACACCUUUAUGAGUUAACUCCCUCAUCCAUGUCCUUGCCCUGCCAUUUUGCUCUCCAUUACUCAUGUUUGAAUCUACACACACUCACAUACACACACAGGCCUGCUAAAUUGCCAAUUAAAUCUCAAAAUAACACAAGUCUCGAAAUACACACGUCCCCAAAGUGUCUUCGCUUGAUUAAAACUGCUGUUUGGAUGACUAUAUUCUAAUAAUAUUUGUGCCUUUCUAGUUUGAUUAACCCUGUAGACCCACAGAAAACUGAUGCCACUAUAUUUAGAAAAAUGUCAACUUUAAACUCCUGUUUUUUUGCAUCUUUAGUUUGUUAAAUUGAAGUUUUUCAAAGCAGGGAGUGGAGUGAAAGAGAGAGGAGAAGCUAAAUCUGCUGCCGGCAUAGCAGGAGAUAAGACAUGAUAGUGGGGUUUGAUUACUCAUCUGUUUUUCCCUUUAUUGAAAGCUCCUUUUUUCCCCAACACACACAAACACACAAAGGUUCUUUAAGCCAAAGUACCCAGAAUGCACUGCAGCUCAAGGUCACCUAAGUCUUCCUCAAUACUCAGCCUGCCCACCUCAUUUCUGUCUUUUCAUACACUGUCCUUUCAAAAUAAAAGAAGUGUGCUAGAAAUUGAACCCACAAUAUUGAAGGGUUGUAGUACGUGCUUGUCAGACAAAGACAGGGUAUUAGUCUCUUAUUUACAUGUUAGGUCAACAAACUGCAUAUAAAAAGGGGAUGUUGAUUUCCAUAAAUGUUUCCCCUCAGCAGUAGGUAACCGGUAGUUUAUAGAACCUGUAUGUUCUUACAACAAAUCCCUAUUUGAUAAUAGCUCUACAAUGCAACUUUCUCAAAAUUUCAUUUCCAUUUCAUGUUACAAAGAAAUCUAAAUCCGUCCGGAUAAUCUCUACACUGGUAUCAAAUUGCACUGCAGUGUCUUUUGCCCUCAAGUGUCAUUGAGGGGGAGGUAUGCUGUGAGAGCCAGUACACUUAUUUCAACUGUUUCGAAGUCCAGCUGAUUGAGCUAAUAAGUGAUACGCGAAAUACUGCAUUGAACGACCACACAUGACUCACUAUCUCAGAGAGCAAAUAUGGAGUCAGGCUCAAACAAAGUAGACUAUGGCGGCAGUCCUGACAUCAACUCAUGUGAGAUACUGACCUCAUCAGGCUACGAGAGGUUCGCAUAGUUCGAAAACAAUUUUAAUACAGCAUUUUGUGGGAAAUCUUUUACGGAGGAAAAAAUAGCUCCUGAGAUCUUCCGGGGAUUUGUUUGCCAGACCGAGCCACAAUUUGUGGAGCUUAACCCAGAAUUACACAUUUGACUCUUUUAUUAAUCCCACUGUGGAAUACUGUAGGGCCAGCAGUGUGCAGUAGGCCUAUCUCUUGAGCCACAUGAAUAGAAAAUGGUCACUAUGUUUAUUUAAAGAACUCUAAGUUGAGGUUCAUCAUUUUCAAUGAAUUAUUAAUGAUGUAUGGAAGUCUCAAGAAAUGUUUGUUUGGCGUUUUGGACAUCUGUGGGUCAUUAGUCUGACUUAGAAAUGGUUGAUGGGAACCAAAGAGAUGCAUUAAAUAAAAACCAUGAAACAACAUGGUUUCAUUUUCUGCUCCAUUGAAAAUAAAGUCAAGGUAAGCCUGACUUUAUUCAAAAUCAGCUGCAUGUAAUGCAAGAAAGGAUGGUUGUGCUGCAAUGCCAGAGCCAGAAGCUAAUUACUGCAGAUCUACUGGAACUUGCUCAUAGACUGACAACUCAUUUAACAUUUUAAUACCAGAAGAAGAGACUGUGAGGAAUUUUGAUACAAAUCAAGAACCCAACUCACCUUGGGCUGCACUUCAACUUCUACCACUUGGUUCUUGUUCAUGCAAUCUUUGACAAAGCCCUCCACUUUGCUGUUGAACUUCAUGAAGAUCACGUAGGCAGCGUAGCCUGAGAGCAGCGUGAUACUUUCCCACAUGGAGAUGAAGUUAUCCAGGAAGAAAAUGAUAAGCAUGAUCAGAUCCAGGAUAUAGAAGGAGACGUCGCGGAAGAGUGGCCACCACGUCAGGUUGAGGAUCUCCUUGGAGAAGAUGGCGCACAUCCCAAUCACAAAGAGGAUGUUGAAGACGGCGGAGCCGACGAUGGUUCCAAUGCCCACAUUGCUGUGCGAGAUGAAGACGCCAAUAAUGGAGGUGAAAAGUUCGGGGGCUGAACCACCUGCCGCCAUGAAGGUGGCUCCAGCUACAUCGUCUGAAAUUGUCAGCUUCUCUGUGAUGACGGUAAGAGCUGGGACGAAGAACUCGUCACACACUAUGGCUAAGGCAAUGAACAUGUAGAUCAUGCCAAACAUGUGGAGGACCACCGCUCCUUUGCGCCUCUCCGCACGUGUGAAAAGGUCUCGUGGGUACUCCCCCUUGCUCUCGUUGCUAUUUGCUGUAGAUUUCAUGGCUAUGGGCAUGUCGGCUGAUGCAUUGGGGUCUGUCUGAGGUUGGGUGAAAAGCAGAGUCCUGUGUGGAACAGACUCUUGGCGACUCUCCUCGCUUUGACCCCCUGAGCUCCAGGUCAAGGCACUGAGGGAGACGGCACUUAAGACCACCAGGCUGAAGAUGAACCCCAAGAUUCGUACUGGCCUCAGCUUUUUUCGCAGACACCGGUGGGCCUGCCACUUACAAGCAGCACCCAACAUGGGCCUUCUUUGCUCUCGUGAAUCCAUGCUGAGCUGAUCUGAAGCCAUGUAUGCACAGCGUGUCGAGUCCUCGCUCUCAAAGGCUUGGUAGGAAGAGGGGAGAGUGGGUACCGAGUUUUACCGGAGACAGUGCAUGGUGUUGUCUUCAGUUUCAAACAAGUUGAUGAGAUCGUAGGUGCUUCCCAGGGUCUGGUUUGCCAAAUGAUGUCUUCAUAUUAGCCUCUGCUGGACAAUGUCAAAAGAAUGAAGAGUAUAUUACUAGUUAGCUAGGAAUAAAUUUAAGAAAUGUGCUCUAUAAAAAAAUACAGUUAAAUUAAAUAGACAGUCCAACACAUUUAUUUUUUACAGAUCCAGCAUCUGUCUAUGCUGACUACUAAACAGUUGAUAAAUCUCAGCAAAUAACAGAAAAUUAAUCUUUACAAACCAUGUCGCCUAUCAUGUAGCCUUAUUCGUUUUUUCUAUAACAGAUUGUCAGAUGCUGCUUCUCUAUUUUUAUAACAAUACAAACAGACUAACCUUGACCUUUCUUUGGAUGAAUUUUUCAAAAAACAUAACAGAUGGUUUCACCAAUAAUCAUUGUUGCCCCGGAAAAGUCAGCCACAAGUCAGGACUAAUCCCCUCCUGCCCACUGCCCAAAAAAGCUCUUUGUAGAGAGCAAAUGCCCGAAAACUGUGUAGGCCUACUGCAGCAGCUUAAAUGUGCAUCUCCUGUGUUUUCAAAAAUCCUCCAAUGGCUUACUUCAUUAUCUCACGGUUCUCUGAAAUUAUUCUCCAAUAGCGAGAAAUACUUGGAUUAAAAAACAAAAACAAAGAGGAAUCUUCUUGUGCCGUUCCUGAUAUAGUUGUGUCUGUCAUGUUGUGGCUGAAAAAACAUUGAGCGGUUUUCAGUGAUCCGCGAUUAAUUCAAAACGCAGCAUGCAGCAAACAGUCUGAAAACUUCAAUAGGCAGAUGGUUCUGCUCGUCUCAUAAUUGUAAUUUCAUUUGAGACAAAUGAGAUAGGCUGUAUAAUGGGAAACCUGCUGUUUUUACCUGAGAAAUGUUCACGAAAUGAGGAGGCCGACGGUAAACGGACAUCACUUAGCUGCAUUCAGUGAAAAUGGAAUGACGCUGCCGCUCAGGUGAAAGCAAAUUAACCACACAUACCCUGUCCUGUUUGACUUUUCGAUGCUGUACAGCCCUGCAAACACCUUUUCUAACAAACCAGCUCCACUCACAACUCUUCUCCCCGUCUGCCCUUCACUGAAGCCUUCGCCCUUCCAGCUGUAUCAUCACACAACAGUCGACAACCCAUCAUCCCCGACCAAAACAGCCCAACAUCAUAGUUUCCCAGGCGAGGCGCGUGACGCGUGGAGAGCAGCACGCGGUGUCAUGCCUUACCUUUCCCAGAGGCGAGAAAACAGCCGCACGGCACAGCAGCAGGUUGAAAUUAGGAAAUCCUCUCCGGUGCCCUCUUGCUCUCAUUGAGCAGAAUGUGACCGGUGUCCGCUUUCCGACGACAGAGGAGGAGCUUUGGAAGGAUGGGUGGUGGUGGUGGUGAUGGUGGUGGGGCGGAGGGGGGAUGCUUUUCCAACUACGCUCACCUCUCUCUCCCUCACAGCAGCUUCAGCAGCAUCCCUCCUGUCUCUCCGAUGAGGGGAGGGGGGAAAAAAUCACCCAGUCGAAAAUACUCUGCUAAUGUAGCAGAAUAAUGUGCAGGGCUGGGCUGACCACGUGACCCGGGUGCUUUAUUAAUAAAGCCAGGUAAGACAGGCAGACAGCCUAUCCUUCCCCACUGGGUUCACGCGGUGGGGGCUUUGGUGAUGUUGCAGUUUGAGGGAGGAGUUGCCGUGGUUACACAGCAAAGGCAGUAUUUCCACUCAUUUUUCCCCCCUGUUCCACUGAUGACGGAACAGGUGGAUCAGCCUCAGCUCAGCUGUGGUUCAUGUGAACGCCUCAGGUCAUUUCAAGGUUGUAUGCAUGAGGUGGUUUCCUUUCUCAGAUAAUGUUGCGAUGACGGGCUCGAGCUGCAGCAUCUCACCGCUUUUUAAAAAGUAAUGCAUCUCCCCUGUGAUGUUCUUUUUAAAAAGAUUCACAUUAACAAUCAUGGAUAAAAGCUGCUUCUUUCUUCGAGUUAGGAAGACUGAUAGGUUUCCACAUGCAUGUAUAUUUUCAAUAGAUGGAGCUUGUGGCUGGUGAGCUUACAUAAAGACAUUAAAUGGGCAAGUCUGGCUCUAUCUGGAAGUCAAUAAAUAUUUUAGGACUUAGCAAGCUUUCUAAAUUUAUCUCUUUUUUAAUUCAAGAGGCAGUUAUGAAAAACUACUCUGGUGUUUGUUGAUCUGUCUCUUGGUCAGGUGCAGUACAUUGAAGCCUGUAAGGAAAAAUUAAUAAAACACUUUAUAUAAACCCAAAAAGGGUUUGAGGAUUCUGUCAUUUAUAAUCAUUUUUUAACCUACAACAAUCAGAAACCCUUAUCUUGAGCCAAUAUAACUGAGUCCUAAAUUUUUGUCCACAACACUGCCAUGUGACUAAAAGUUAUGUUUGUAUGUUUUCCUCAAAUGCAUCAUCACUGUGGCUGCUCAACUUUCAGACAUGCACAAUGGAUGGACAGGAACAUAGUAACUAGAAGCACGCUGAAUUGCAACAUUAUAGAUCUAAACAAGAGAGAUUUGCUUUCCUCUGAAAGGGUUGCCAACUCUGGAGCACAUUAACCCCCUGAAAUGAAAUUGAUCCCAGAUAUAUGAGCCCUCAAAGCAUAAAGGUUAAAGGAAAAUUAAAGCUGUACUCAGUUUUGGCUAAUUGUGUUACUAAUUCAUAUGGGUGUAUAGGAAGUACUGCAUGUACUUCUUUACUGUAGUUAUUUUACUGCAUUUUAAUGGUGCUAAAAUGCUGCAUUCUCAAUAUACAAACCAAACUAAGGACGGGACUUAAAAAUAACCAACAUUUUCUAAAACGUCAGUCAAAACACCAGUCAACGCUCUGUGUAAGGUGUGUCAAAAGGCGUCACCCUUAUCCAACAAAAUAAAAUGGAUUCACAGAAGAAAAAAACAAUAAGAUCUACUGUGCUUACAGAGCUCUGGAGUUGCUGGUGUAGGUCACCAGUAACUCAGCAAGGCAAGCUGUUACCACCCUCUUCCAGUCUGUAUGUUGAGCUAAGCUAACCAAUAUAGCCGCUUGCAACAGCAUCAUGUUAUAUGGAUGGAAAAAAAUUGGUAUCAACUAAUUUAAUUCUGUUCAGGAAAGUGAACAAGUGCACUCCCCAAAACACUAACUUUUUAGAUUAUUUGUACUUUUAUUCAUAAAAAAUUCAAACAAAACGUGGGAGACAACAUGAAAAGGUCACGUUUGCUUCACGAUCCAUUUCGCCUCAUUUUAAUAUGUCAACCUAUACCAAGCUUUCAUCAGACAGAACCAUCCUCCCUGCAGCCCCCCUGGGGUUGCCAUGUUUCCCCUUCAUGUCAGAAAAAGCCCCCCAACCACUUAGCAUUAGUCCACAGGCCAGACCCUGCUGGAUAGAUGCAGACACGCAAUCUCUACAUAGUGUGACAAAGUAUGUGUGACACUAAUGGCCUGCUGCUGUAUAAUAAAUCAUGAUUCAGUGACCUCAUUGAUUGGCCCCUCUCCUCUGCUCUCAUCUCCUCUCCACUGUAGUCCCCCCUGUUACCUAACAGGAAACACAACGGACGACAGCAUUAACUUGAUUUACCUCAGAUUAUCAAUAGGAUGACGUUUCACAACAACAAUGCUUUGUAGUCCAAAUGUAUUUCUCAACCGAAAUUAGCUGAUCUGCAGUAAUUAGCGCCUUCUGAACCAUCUGAUAAAUAAGUAGGGGAUAAUAUAUAGAGAGAAAACAAGAUCCAAAGACUGGGGGGUUUGUAGGUAAAAUAUUUUUUAACAUAAAUACAGAAAAUAUCACAAUUUUGAUCACUUUUGCAAUUAUCAAUAGUGCUUUAUGUUGAAGUUACCGGAGAUCAGGAACUAGAGGUGGACCACCGGCCAUCUUUGCUGCUGUUGCCUGGAUAGCAGCACAGGCUUGUCGCCAUUUUUUCUGUUCAGAGGUAGUUGGGGCGUCUGUGUCCUGUACAUGGCAUCAUCCCCCAACACUAAAAACCAGCCUUAGGUGGAAACUUGUGCCUUUUUUCAGGGUGUUCUCGAUGCUCACGCCCUCCAUUAUUAACAGAAAUUCAGAAAAGCUCUACAGCCUCCUCACAUCUGUUUAGUUUCAUUUUGGCUGACAAUUACCUCGUGUGGCCUAGCAUAAAGACUUAAAACAAAGGCAAACAUCUGGCUAUACAAGUCCAAAUCUUGAGAGUAAAUAAAACAGAUUAUGGGCUUAAUGAGGGUUUACAUUCCUGACAACAUCUAAGCUGGCAGCAGGGAUUUCCUGAGGUGUAACUUAAGUCUUGAGGUUGGCAGGCGAUCAGCUAAGCUAACUGACUAAUAGCUAGUGUAAUCACCAGGUAGACAAAACAAAAGCAUAAUAACAUCACAUCUGUACCUUACCAGUGGAGAAAACUUUACCCCCAAGUCCUGCAGUGAAGGGCUGGCCCACUGUAAAGACAAGCAGACAGUUCAUGAGUUAUAAAGUUUAUCUUCACACUGAGCAUCCUGGUCCACCACUUCACAAGUCCUGAAAAAUCUUCAUGGUAAAUAUAGGACACACAGAGUUAAGUUUAGACACUUCAGCCUUUGAAAUGAAGCUGCACCACAUCAUCUCUGUCAUCUCCGGCUGUCUUCUCUGGCUUAAAAAAAAAUCAUCUUAAUGAUAUCAAAUUGACGUCACCUCUGCGUAAGACUUCAAAUUUAUCCCGUAUUAUUAUUUUAGGCGGCCAAACGUCAUUGAAGUGAUUCAGUAAAGUAGAAGUUACCUGGGCUGCCAACAACAUUGAGUAGAAAACAGUUUGUCACAAUUUGUUUUUCUCUUUUUGUGCUCUAUAUAUACACACUAAACAUUUGGUGAUGUACCAAGUCCAAUUUUAUUUCUUUUUACAACCCCAAUCCCAAUAAGUUGGGAUGCUAAGGUAUUAAAAACUGAUUUUAUUUUUGUUCAUAUCAUUUGACAACUAUGAUUUUUGUAGUAAAUCCAGGUCAAAACUGAUCCAUGCAAAGAGACAACUGUAAAUAAACAUGAUCCAACAACCUCUCUUGGUCAGGGCUCAUUUAAGAGUAAAGGCGAAGUUGUAAACCAGCUCUGUGGUCUGACAAUCAAAAUCUGACACUUGCUUGCAGAGAGGGGCCAUACAACCUGUUAUCAAUGCACGUCAAUGGCCUGGAUAGCUCACAUAUCUGAGGAAAAAUGCAGAGAUGCCAAUGCCUUUUUCAGGGAAGACUUAGCAUAUUCGAAAUCACAUUCUGCACAUAGAACAGCAGCAUUGCUAAACUGAAACAACCAGCAGUCUGGACUUAUCACCAACAGAAAUAUUUUGUGCAUCAUGAAUUUUAAAAUAUGAAAAAGUAGAGACUGAACUGUGAGCAGCUAAAUUGCCAUAUUGGGUUAGAAAAGGAAAUGACUUGUUUUCAGAUUUCAAGUAACUGAUUACCUGGAUUCUCAAACAUUUACAGUGUUGUGGAAAGAAGGGGUGAAGCAGCACACUGACAAACAUGCCCCUGCCCUAUCUUUUUUAAACAUCAAAUGGCAUCAAAUUAAGAUAAGCCAAGUUUUUCAUAAAAUAAUUUAUUUUCAGUGCGAACAGCUUCACUUUGUACUCAGAUGAGUAUACCUAGUUUGAGAAACAGGUUGCAUGAGUGUAAUUUUGGGCUCUUUUCACAUGUUUUGAGCAGACUUGGCCUCUGAAAGGUUUGAUAUUGAAUCAAAGAUUGAAUCUGGAUGAGGACUGUCAAGCACAAAUGAGACGUCACAUUCUGUGCUCCAUUUGUUUAAAACAGUACAUUUUGUGUUCACGUAUCUGAUCAGUAUAAAUUAUCAUCCCAAAGUGCACUCUUGGAUCUGUCAAUAUUUUUGCCUAUCAAAUGGGAUCCCAUCCUGGCUGUCAGCUCUUUUUCAACAAUGACCCCCUUCAGCGCUCAGGCAGCCUCCGCACCACACCACCGCACUGACCACUCCUCAUCUGGCUGCACUUCCAACAUAAAAGUGAUGACUGGUCACGGGUCAUGUGGAUCGUGGUGGGGAGGAAGGGGGUUUGAGUGGGUGGGGGGGGGGAUGAUGGUGGCAGUUGUUUUGAUUUGUCUGAAAUCUGUGCUGUGACAAAAACAACAGAAAUUUCCAUGCUGGCCCUGCCCCCCACCCGGCCUGUCCUCGCUUAGGCCCGGCAGCUAAAUCCGAGCUAUUGUGUCCCACAUAGUUGUAUGGAUUUGUCAGCAAUGAGGCAGGGGCAGUCGGGGGUAGAUAGGGUGAUGAUAACCAAGCAAGUUUUUCCGGUGUCAAGAGAGGAACAAUUGACUGAAGCAGGGUAUUGAAUUAACUCUAAUAAACAAGUGGUUUUUAUUAAUAACUGAUGCCAAAAGCUCUUUGCUCCUGCAGACCAGGAAAGCAUUAAAAAUGGAGAGUCCCUAGAUAAGCUUUUUCUAAGAGACUUGCCUCGGAUUAGACGUUGAAAGCCUCAUAUUAGCAACCACCACCGCCAGAAGUCUGUACAAAGAGGCUUGGAUAGACCACCUGCCCCUUAGGAAAAUGCAGUCAGCAAAACAAAACAGGAACACGCAUCAUUGUGAUCGUCAGGAGGAGUGUGAAUCAUGAGGCCUUCAAACAGCUGACGAAAUGGAUUUUAAAUAGCCAACGUCUGAGUUUAAGACAUAAAAAAUUUAAUUUCCAGGAUAAGAAGGGGGGGAAAUGAUUUUAGCAGGAAAUCAGGGGUUGAUAGGAAAGCUCAGAAGAGAUUAGCUAAUGUAUAAUCCACAGGCAGGUCGGAUCACGAAGAGCUGGAGCUGAUUAGUUGUAAGCACUAAGUGUGAAAGUGAGACUCGCCCUUUACUGCCGGGAUCGAUGUAAAUGUUGAGUUCUGCCAUGUUUUUAUAAAAAUACUGAACAGAAAUAUUUAAAGGUUACUCUAAGUAGCCCUUUAGUCGCUUUUGAAGAGACCUGAGUUAGCUUUGUUUUAUAUGUCACUGAACUUUGAGCAUGGUACAACAGUGGCUUAAUUAAUCUGCUGGUUUUAGUUGAGUGACAUGGCUAAACGGCUGCAAACGACACACAGCUAACUUGAUCUAUGUUAGAAAAACGCCUCCAACAUAUUUUUAGCUUCUGGCGUAUUCUCAGUGAUAUCUUCCCCCUAUUUUUCUGAAUCUGCGUUUUGAAGCCACACUGGUGACACUGGCUUAACCAAACUUUUGUUCGACCAACUAAUUGCAAUGGGGUGGCUGUAAACAUAUAUAUUCCUGCUAUAGAGAUGGGCCUUUGACAAAAUGUGUUAAUAGGGUCUUGUGGGCUUUUUGGAGUUAGGCUAAGUGGACCUUAAAGGAAGUGCUGUUGGUGGUACUUCCACGUUGGCCGGUUGGGGGUUGCUGCUGGGUAAUUUCAGUAGCUAUAAUGUGAAAUUCAUGUUUUUAACUGCAAGUGUAGCUCAAGGGCGCCCUCUGUAAUGUUAUCGUCUAUUAUAGUAUAAUCGUUUAUCUGCGACAAGAUGUAUGACUAUCAUAAUCAACAAUGAAUUGAUGGUUUUAAAGCUCCUGUCAGGAACUUUAGGUUUGGGGCAGUUAUGGUGCUGCUCCAUGAUCACAGUAUUUACUAUAUCUUACAAAUACAAAAGUUAAAACUUAUCUGUCUGGCAUUUUUAUGGUCAAAUGUAUUAUUUAACUUAUAUGUUAUGUAUAGAAACAGUAGACCAGGGCUACUUGGCUGACACCUUAACUCAGUGGUUCUCGGGUCCAGUCCUCGAGGCCCACUGUCCUGCAUGUUUUGGAUGUGUCCCUGCUCCAACACACCUGAUUCAAAUGAUCAGCUCGUUAGUAAGCCAUUCCAGAGCUUGAUAACGAGCUGAUCAUUUGAAUCAGGUGCGUUGGAGCAGGGAAACAUCCAAAACAUGCAGGACAGUGGGCCUCGAGGACUGGACUUGAGAACCACUGCAUUAAUGUAUUCAAAAUAACAACAAAUAGCCAGUCUUGUCUGUGAUGUUGGUGUUUGCUUUUGGAUAUCAUGAAAAGGCAUUAAUAUAAAUCUGGGACUACGUCAUACCCAAAUAACUCCACAUGGGAGCUUUAAAACAAGUGAAAUGUAAACAUCAGUGCUCAUAAACCCACCGUUUUUAAAUCAACCUCUACAUAAACGCCAAAUCAGUACAAUACCUCUAUCUAAUGAAGAGUCAACAGCCGAUUUUGGCCUCAUUAAAUUCCAGUCUAAAAUAAACAAGUCCUUAAAAUGGCUUCAAAUAAUCAAAAAUGUGAUCAUUCUCAUGUUCUUCAGAAAGGUAUAAGCUGAGAAUUCUACAGGAGCAACAGAAUAAGAAAUUCUGCAUUUUGAUUUUUAGCAGGAUUGUGCAUUAAAGUUAUCCUGAAUAGAUUACUCUGCUGGGGUCACAGCCCUCACUAUUGUAAAAAUCCAAUCAAUCUCUGCCUUUUGUGACCUUUCAGAGUAUUUCACCAUUGAAUAGGAAUACUUUGAAAGAACAGACAGGACAAAAGAGUGAUAGAUAUUGAUCCCUACGUUUCAAGGUUAAAGCAGACAAUAGGAAGAGGAAGAAGAAGAAGAAGAAGAAGAAAAAGAAGAAGACACUAAAGCAUGUUUUCUUUUGUUGAUGUCUGCCAUUGAGAAGUAUGAUGUGAUGGAGGAUAGCAUUGAUACAGGAUGUGGACUGCAUUAUAAGCCUAAUCCUUAUGUCAACAGCCACACAGAUGGGCUGACCUGCUGGGCUACAGGGAUGAGUUUUUUUUUUUUUACAGAGGGUGGGGGCUGAAAUCUUUGCUGCCUGUCUGGUCAUGACAAACAGGAGGGAGGAACGAGUGAGCUUGUGAGAAUGAAAAUUUAAAAAAAAACAGACGAGUAAAAAAAAAAAAAAAAAAAAAAGUUGAAAAAUGUUUCAUGCUCUGAUGUCAUUAGGAAGGCGAAAGCAGAGCUGUAAUCCUAUUUUAAUCGCAGUGGAUUUAUUAAACAGGAGCAGCAGGUUUAAAUCUCAGCAGAUUACACAGAAGGCCCAAGGAGAUGGGGUGGGGGUGGGGUGGGGGGGGGGUUCAGAGGGGGUGGGGCUUGCGUAAUCAAGUGCACUUAAGGUGAUAUGGUACAUCUUCGACUACCACCAAGACUGAUUGAGAAGGAGACUCCUGAGUCAAGGGGCUUUACAAAACAAGACGGGUCUCGUCGCUUUGAAAUAAUCAUCUUCCCUUACAAUGAUCCUAAUUUAUUGAUUGAGAUCUAAAUCAAGUAUUCGACUGAGAGGUCUUUUCAAAUCAUUACUUCUGACAAGAUUAGGACGGACUCCCUGCAGAUGUUACUAAUUAUUUGGAUGUGAGUGUGUGUCCCAUGGAGCCCCUGCAAAUCUCUUUGGCACCCUUUGUAAUAGACCUUGAUUCUUGUGAAGAACGGGUUAAUCCCAGGUCAUGUCACAUCUGGACUUAAUCAAAUCAGUCCUUUAACUGACCAUGUUGAGCAAGCUCAGACCUCUAGAGGUCACCAGUAAUGAAAGGUAUUCAAUCAGAAAAAACAAUGACAGUGUGUGUAAAGGAUUGCCAUGCUUAUAUGAAAGCUUGUCAUGUAUUAAUGCAAAAUAUCAUUGAAAAGUUGACCAAAUCAUGAUGGCGGACAUUUUUUUUUUACAAUAUAUCAAGUAGCCAAAGUAAUUGCAGUAAUUUUAUGAUGCCACAUAUUUAUUCACAGUACAAAAACACACACAACUUAAACUUCAUUAAUUGAUGCAACUAAUCAGUUUUAUGGCCACAAACUUUCCUUGCUGUAUAUUUUAUUAUUAAGUGUAAGAAAAUGAGCAGUAAGGCAUUUUAACUGAGUUGAGCAUAAACCCAGACAGUUUCAUGGCCUCACGCACGGAUGCCAGCACACUGUACAGAACUGUGUGUUGUGAGUGAACUUUGCCACUGCCAAAUGCUUCAUCUAUAACCGACGCCAAGCUCACCAUCUGUUGGCUGAGCUUGGCAAAUGUCUGUGACAUAGCACCUCUUUCAUGGGAAGCCAUUUUGAGCCAUUUAUUUUCUUCCUUGGAGUCCCAGUGUGAAAGCAUGCAACUGUUCUGUGCAGUUCUCUUCAUUUCGGUCUCUAAUAUGAAGAAUUAUCAAGUGAUAUCUGGUGUAUAGCUUUUAAAACUGUGCCACUAUUUGCUGAUCUAAUAAAAAAAAAAAUAAUGGCAGUUUUAAAUCCUCAGAUUCCAUAAACCAUAAUGUAAAAAAAUGACAGAUAAUAGUAGUAUCAGAUAUAUCAUUUACUGUGAAGGGUCCUAUCAAGCUACAACAAAAACACACCUUUGAUUUAAAGUUAUCUUCUAUGUUAUCAUGUUUUGAUUUUACCCUUAUAUAAAGUAUACCAAAACAUAAAUCAAUGAGGUGAAUAUUUGAUCAGUAAUUAUGCGAACAGUUAGCUGAUAAUUUAACCUCAGCACAAAGUUUUCAGGACUGACUGGCUCUCACACACCACCAUACGAACAGCAGCCGCCAAAAGCUUAAUAAAUGCUUCCAUCUAGUGGAAAACACAGGCAACAACUUUGAUAAUAAAUUAAAUGCACGCUAAAAGUUAAAGAUUCACAGAAACUUACAUUAUUUCUUGGCUGUGGAAACAGGUAAGUCAUUUCGGAUGCAGUGUUAAGACGAAAACUAAUGAUAUUUCUCUCUCGUGCUUCACUGAUUGGACGAGCAGGAAGACCACAGGUGCGACUAUUCACGUUAAUUAGGGCACGGGCCAGGUCAGCAGGUGUGCAGUUACAAAAGCAAAGCUCGGUAAACGGAAACAGACAGUUAUUAAUUACAACCCUGACUUUCCCUGCCGGGGUGGCCUCUAGACCACAUUUUGAGAUUUUAUUUAAAAAUUAUUAUAAAUUUUACGGAUCAUUUGUAUACAUGAGUUUUACAAGUGUAAGAUUUUACUUAAAACUGUGAUUUUGCCAAAAAUAAUAAUGCUUUAAAAUCAAUAUUUUUAGCAAAUAAUGUCACGGUAAGGGCUGUUAUAUCAUUAUCAAAAAUAUUUCAGUGUGCACCUCAUUUUUGGAAAUAUUGCAUAUUUUGUGUUUUUCCCAUUCCCAAAAAAAUCAUGACCAAAAACGAGUUACUUUGAAAAUAUCAAAAAUUAUAAAAAAAUAAAAUAAAAAAUAAAAACGUGAAAUUUAUGAAUUAGUAUAAAGUUGUAGACAAGAUGUGAUGCUUUCAAAGGUAAAAGAAAGAAUGUAUAUUUUUUACUCCACUUUCAUUAGACGGACCGUUUGUAGCGAAAGUAAAUUUCAAGGGAUGCACAAGGGUUAAAUAAAUUCAAUGAGAUCGAUAAGCAGUUGACGUCGCCAUUAGCAUGUUGAAUACAUCACCAACAGGGGGCAGUGUGAUAGAAAGCCGUCUUGUAUUUUGUCCCUACUUUAUCUCCCUCACAUCCGCUCUUGUCCUUCCUCUUCCGGUUACGGCGAUAGCAGGUAUGGCGGCGCCUAUCCUACUCUAAAACGUUUUAGCUUCAGAAUCCACUCUAAUCGGACCAUUUAGAAUAAAAAACGGAUGUUUUCGAAAGAGAUGUGUAUUAAGAACGACACUAUAUCUCUAACAAUGUUCUCAUUUCAUUGAUAACUUGACGAUGUGUGAUGUUAAAUAGAUGCCGCUCCUGAGGUCCCUAAGGCCGGUUUGUUGGUGCUAAGGAGUACCCUGAAAUUGCAUAAAAAGGAUACAUUUGGCAAGACUCACAACUGGAGACGUGGCUUUCCUGUCAGCUUAAAUGUUAUAUAAAUCCACCAGUCUAUAUUUGUUGAUAUAAAAUCUGUAUAUUACAUGUUAGCAGCCAAGCUUCAUGUUUCAGAUGUAACCUAAAUGUCUCUGUUUACAGCGUCAAGAUGGUGCAGCGCCUCACUUACCGCCGUAGGUUGUCCUACAACACUGCCUCCAACAAGACCAGACUGUAAGUGUGCAUUUUUACAGUACUUAUUUCACAUCUCCUGCCUCGAUCACGAAUAAUUCCUCACGCUCCCCUUCAGGUCUCGGACGCCCGGUAACCGAAUUGUGUACCUGUACACCAAGAAGGUCGGCAAAGCUCCCAAAUCAGCAUGUGGCAUCUGCCCAGGAAGACUGCGUGGGGUAAGUGGAUCCAUUUUAUUUGUUUGACUGCUUUUUGCUGGCUUAUUAUGUGUGGCAGAGUGGCAGGUGUGAUGAUGCCCAUGCUUUGGGGAUCAUGUGUUAAAAGGGUUGUGAUUGUGAGACUUGCUCAAGUGCCAAAAUCAAGUAGGAUUUACCACUUUGAUCAAGGGAUGAAAGUUUGUAUUUACAAACUAUUAAAGUCUGCUUCAGGCAUGAUGCACCAAGUUGGUCUGAUGCUGAACUCUUGCAUGGUCAUUUUGCAUAAAGGCCUUGCAAAGACAUGUUGUUUCUGAACUUAAAUCAGCUUCAACCUGGCAAGCAAAAGCUGAGAUGCAACCUCUUUUCACCGUAUUUCAUGCUGAAGUAAUAUGCCGCUCAAUAAAUGUAAAUGUCGUCAGUCAGAAUUGAAUCACAUAUUGAGUAUGUUUGUCUGUAGUGGCAUUACAUUUACACAUAAUAAAGGUAUAUUGAAAAUUUCUGUGGUUUUAAACUGGCUCGAGUGGUCAACAACAGUGAAAGAAAUGAGCAUAUGUUAUGUAACGCUUGGCUUAUUUUACACACUAAUAAUUUAGGAUGAUAGGUUAGUUCUCAUCAUACAGAAGUCAACAAAGUUUAAGGCGUUUGGAGGGAAAAGUUCUCCCAGAGGUAGCUGGCCCUAAAGGAAGAUCUCAUGGUUGUUUCUUUACAAAUUAAAUCACUUAAACUCAUCACACUGGGGUGAUUUUGGGUACUUGAUCACUGGUUUUUCCAUCUUUGAAAUGAGUUUUGGAAGGGGGAGGGUUUAAGGUCCAUUUCCAUUGAGUAAAUCAUUUCAAAUAUCCUUAAUAGAUAAAGAUGCACUUUUAGUUAAGACAUUUUGAAAUGAUAACUGUGAUUAAAGUUAAUAAAAGUAUGAAAUGGCAUUACAUUGAAAUUCACAUUCAAUCUUAGAAAAUCCUCGUUUGUUUCAGACCUCCAGUAUUCAAGGCUGUACUUUUCUGCCUUUGGUUAGAGACAAAGUUGUCUGGUGUUUCCCAGUCGAUGGUCUGUAAAUUGAAAUGCUGAAUCGUCUGAUUGUUCAUCAACAUAUUGACCUUCUUUAAAUUGCUUUAUAAAAGUUGAACCCGCAGCACAUAGCUGAUCCAGUCUGAGUAAUUUUUCUCUCUCCUUUUUAGAUCCGUGCUGUCAGACCUCAGGUUCUGAUGAGGCUCUCAAAGACCAAGAAGCAUGUCAGCAGGGCUUACGGAGGCUCCAUGUGCGCCAAGUGUGUGCGUGACAGGUAAGGGAAAAGAUACCACAUGCCCUGGCAAACUGUGACAAUGCUUACACUGUAUUUCACUGACAAGGACGAUCAAUAAACUAAGAACUGCUAUCAAUACAUCAAAUGAUUGUAUUAUAUCUAAAUAGAUUGUUUUGCUUCUAUUCCCAGGAUCAAGCGUGCUUUCCUGAUUGAGGAGCAGAAGAUUGUCGUCAAGGUGCUGAAGGCCCAGGCACAGAGCCAGAAAUCUAAGUAAAAUGUGUAUUUGUAUUGCCACAAUAAAAAAUGACAAACAAAUCCAUUUCCUGUUGUGAUUGUCAUUGAAAACAUAACACCUGAUGUAUUUAAUGAUGCACUAAAUGUUACAACUGCCACUGAAAGGUAAGGGUGAGAAUACUGAAAGUUUUUACUGGUCAACAUUUGGCCUAAUACAGUUUUAUCAGUGAUUACAAAGACUCCACAGAUAAUAUCAUGAUGGUUCUGUUGGGAUUUUUGAAGAUUAAGUUGAGUGAAAAGUUUUGCAUAUCACUUUAGUGGGACACCUGUUGACACAACACUGGCCAUAAGAUGAAUACCUGGGCAAUUCAGUGCAACUCAGAUCAACCUCUACGAUCAAUACAAUUUAAUUUAUUCACAUUGUCAGAGAGGUGAUAGUAGUUCUCUAACUGCUGAACUUGUGGGCAUUGGUAUUACCUUGAAGGUGUUUCAUUGUUUUUACUCCUGAUGAAAAAGCAGACACAAUGGUAACACUCAACUGUAACCCGCUCAAGUGCACCACUUUUGAUAACUGCCUGAGUCUGUUGCUCAGAGAUAAUAUACAGGUAUUUGCACUAUAUACAAGACUAUUUUCUGUUUUUAUAGUGUUCAUACUUGUAUAUUAUCUUUUUAUUUUUACUUAUUUUAUCUAUUUAGCUCUUUAUUUUUAUCUUUUUUUACUUUUAUUUUUUUAUUCAUCUAUUAUUUAUCCUCUUUCUACUUAGUUUGCACUGGAAUUACUGGAACAAAAAGCAAUUUCCCCCAGGGGAUUAUUUAAGCAUUUCUGAUUCUGAUACUGUUACUGUGUCAUGCGGGGUAGGUGUUUGUCCCAGCCAGGAUACAAUGUAAGAGCAAAUUCCUGAUCCGAAUCUCUAUUUGUAAAUGGCACUAUGAAAAUAACCAUGAUGGGAAAUGGAUGGCCCUGUCCUGGUGCAUAGCCAUCUUAAAGGGAUAUUUCGGUGUAAAAUUAAUUUAAGGUCAAACCGUAACACAGAGUUAGACACCCUCUUGAGAGAUGAAUGUCAUCAAAAGUACAUAUAGGGUCCCAGCCACAGCACUAGCCACCAAACAUCCGCUGCAGUCAGUAAUGGACUGGCCUGAGGUCUAGCUACACACAAGCACCUGCUGGAGGAGAGUAGGUGAGUUGUGUUCAGUCUGCUUAAGAAAUCAGGCAAAGCUAAAAAGAUGUUUAGUGGCUAGUGAUGUGGCUGGGACCCUUUAUGUACUGUUGGUGAAGUUAGGUGCUGUUUUUUGUGCAUUAUUUGUGGCUAAAGAGUGGCGUUUUGGUUGAGGUUUGUUUAUGGCUCCUGAGACUGCUGUGUAUUGCUAUUGUGAGGUUGUUACUGAAGUUGGUAUAACUAGAGAAGCAAGCGGUCGGCAACAUUCAUCUCUGGAUUGUCUAACUCUGCGUUAUGGUGUGUUUGACCCUAAAUUAAUUUUACGAUGGAAUAUGCCUUUAAUUAUGCCUGAAACAAAGCAAUGAAUGGGUCUACAUCUAUCGAAUUAUGAACUGAUGUAUGUGAAUGAACUCAAAGAUGUACAUCAUGUAGAAGGUAAGCAUGCAUUUACGGGAAAUACAUUUGAGCAAAUGAGAAGAAUUUUCGAAUCAACAUUUACAAGGUGUAAAUUUUACAAUUACAUUGAGACUGUCGCUCCCCUUUCUACACUUUCCCAUGCUCCUCUCCUUUCAUCCUCUUUCUUGCAAACAUGACACUGUCCCUUUAAGGAUACGUCACGUCAAUAAUUUUUAUUUUUUGGAAUAAAUAGUGGGAGAUUUGUAAUUAUUAUUAUUUUUCAAGAAAACAGAAAUUUUAUGCAGCAUGCAUGUCUAAUCUGGUAAACACGCAAUUUUAAAAAAAAGUAA